AUUUGGGGGUGAUGUGUGCGUGUAUAUUUGUUGUUUACAUAUAGGCGGUAUAAAAUGAUUAUAUUUUGGGGGAGAGGAAAAAUGAAUCCAGAUGUUGAUGUUAUGUUGUUGCUAUACAAUCCUGGUGAUAAUGAUAUAUAUUCUCGACACAUAAAUUUUUGAUUCAUAAUUCAUGUAAUCGAUAAUAAUAAUCUAUGAUUUGUAAAUCGAUCAACCAAGAAUUUGUACCAAACUAUUCGAAAAAAAAUUCAACACAACAAUUCAAUUGAGCAUUCAAUUAAUCUAACUACUCACUACUAAAUCUAAUCAUCAACACAAAGAAUUUCGAAUGGAAACAAUGAUGACAACCACUCAAUAUCAUUCUCAUCAUCAACAUCAUAAUAAUCAUCGAAAUGUAUACCAAUCACAACAUGAACAGCAACAACAACAACAACAGCAGCAGCAACAACAACAACAACAAAUCUCGACACAAUCAUCAGCAUCGAUUGGAUCAUUAAUAUCUUCAUCACCGACAACGGUUUUAAGCCAAUUAUCAUCGUCUGUAUCAUCAGCUUGUAGUGGCCACCAAAUUAUACAUUUGUCAGCAUCAUCACCAUCAUCAUCAUCUUCAUCAAACAUAUUGAAACCAAAAGUUCAAACACAAAUAAUGGAUAAUAAUAAUAAUAAUAACAGUAUACAGAUGGAAUUACAAAUAUUACAACGGGAAAAUCAAAAAUUAGCCUCAAUCACUAGAUUAUGUAUACAUCUAGUCGAUCGUUGUCGUACAUUGAAUAAAACGAAACAAUUUAUUGAAGAUUUAUCACGUCUUGGUAUAUUGAUCGAUGAAUUUAACCAUUGUAAUACGAAAAAGAAUAGUCAAUUGCCGACAUUCGGUAAUUCUGGUCUUGUUUUUGAUGGUCAUAAUACAACGACAACGGUUGGACGAGGAACAAAGUCUUCGGCUAAUACUUCUUCGAAUAAUAUUAAUAAUCAGUCAACAACAGCAACAGCAACGAUGAUUACGACUAAUAAUAAUAAUAGUAAUACUUCAGGUGGUGGUAUUGGCACAAAUGUAUAUUUAAUACCAAUACAAAUGGGUCCCAAUCAACAAGGACCACAACAAUAUCAAUUAAUUCAAACAACAAAUGAUACAACAUUGAUUAGUCCCUCUGGAAUAUCUUCGAAAUCAAAAGGAAAAGGUAAAAAAGGAUCAUCUACAACGUCGAUGGCGGCAGCGGGCACAACGACAACUACAACGGCAUUAAUGAUGAUGGAUCCAAAUAGUUUGAAUAUAUCAACACCACAACAACAACAAAAUCAUCAACAACAACAACAAUCAAUACUAUUCAAAAAAUUGACUGAAUCUGGCCAAUUACAAUUAAUCGAUUCAACA